AUGGCGUCACCACCCACAAUCUACCACUAUCUUGAUAUCGGCAGGCUAGGCCGUGGAGAGGUCGUCAAUUUGUUCUUGAAGGAUACGGGUAUCGACUUCAAAGAAGUUCGCUACCCAUACGACAACACCUGGCCAGAAACCAGCAAAAAGCUCCGCCAGAGUGGACUCACGAGAACCGGCCACCUGCCCGCGCUGGAAUAUGGUGGCUCGGUGAUCACUCAGCACAUCCCGAUUCUGCGUUAUCUCUCGCGUGAGCUUAAUGCAUAUGACGGCAAGACCAGUUGGGAGAAAUACUUGGUUGAUGCAGUGGCGGAUAUCUACGUGGACUGGAGGUCCCAAUGGGUGGCCAACUUGAAAGGGGCGACCGACGCAUACAGAGAAUAUGUACCCACCUACUAUGAUUUGAUCGCCCAGUACUACUCCGAUGCGGAGGGCCCCUACCUUCUUGGUGAUACGAUCACUUAUGUCGACUUCGCUGUGUACCAGUCCGUUGACAAUGACACCAGGACAGGUACUAUCCCGGAAUCACUCCCUCCAGCACUCAACAAGCUUGUUGAGGCCAUUGAAGCGCGGCCAAACAUUUCCGCGUUCAUCACGCAAACUCGACACAAAAAAGCGUGA